AUGUCUUGUCCACUAAAGGAGAAUACAAUAGCACAAUUGCUAGAAGAGGAAGACGAUGAAGAAGAAAUUGUGUCGGAAAAAGAAGAUUUCAAAAAACAGAGUGAGCAUGAAAGUGAAACGGAGCAGGAAGCAAGUGAUUCGGACACACCCUCAGAAUCAGAAGAAAAUUUCCACCCUCAUUGCCCAUUAGAAUUAGAUCAACAGACUGAAAGUGAAGGGAUUUAUAACGAAUAUUUAGAAGAUGUGCUAUUGAAGUAUCGUAGACUAGGGAAAUUUAUUGGAAAAGACAAAAUAACUGAGUGGCAAGUCCGCGAGCCACCACGGCGUGUGUGA